UCUUUGUUUUUCCAGAAUAAACAACUAGGAUAUUUAAUAAAGAACAGUGUUAAACUGCUGAAAGAGGUGAAGCACAAGCCAUCCAGAAGAAUCUCCUGAAAACGCAGAAAUUGUUUGCUACAUUUCACAGACAGAUGGAGCCAAGUCCCAACAUGGAGAAACAUCAGCACUCUGUCAAGAGUUUUACUAAACAGAGUGAUCUCAAAAAACACCAGCGCAUUCACACAGGAGAGAAACCACAUCACUGCUCAGACUGUGGGAGGAGUUUUACUAAACAGAGUCAUCUCAAAAAUCACCAGCGCAUUCACACAGGAGAGAAACCGUAUCACUGCUCAGACUGUGGGAAGAGUUUUAAUCAACAGGGUCAUCUCAAAAAUCACCAGCGCAUUCACACAGGAGAGAAACCGUAUUACUGCUCCGAUUGUGGGAAGAGUUUUAAUCAACAGGGUCAUCUCAAAAAUCACCAGCGCAUUCACACAGGAGAGAAACCGUAUCACUGUUCAGACUGUGGAAAGAGUUUUAAUAAACAGAGUAAUCUCAAACUGCACCAGCGCAUUCACACAGGAGAGAAACCGUAUCACUGUUCAGACUGUGGGAAAAGUUUUACUGAACAGAGUAAACUCAAAAAUCACCAGCGCAUUCACACAGGAGAGAAACCGUAUUACUGUUUCGACUGUGGGAAGAGUUUUACUCAACAGAGUCAUCUCAAAAAACACCAGCGCAUUCACACAGGAGAGAAACCGUAUUACUGUUUCGACUGUGGGAAGAGUUUUACUCAACAGAGUAGUCUCAAAAUACACCAGCGCAUUCACACAGGAGAGAAACCGUAUCACUGCUCAGACUGUGGGAAAAGUUUUACUGAACAGAGUAAACUCAAAAAUCACCAGCGCAUUCACACAGGAGAGAGACCGUAUUACUGUUUCGACUGUGGGAAGAGUUUUACUCAACAGAGUGAUCUCAAAAAACACCAGCGCAUUCACACAGGAGAGAAACCGUAUCACUGCUCAGACUGUGGGAAAAGUUUUACUACACAGAGUCAUCUCAAAAAACACCAGCGCAUUCACACAGGAGAGAAACCGUAAUACUGCUCAGACUGUGAUAAGUGUUUUACUAAACAGAGUCAUCUGAAACUGCACCAGCGCAUUCACACAGGAGAGAAACCGUAUCACUGUUCAGACUGUGGGAAGAGUUUUACUUUACAGAGUGAACUUAUAUUACAUCAGUGCAUUCACAAAAGAUAGAAAAGUAUCCCAAAUCUGUUCCUCUGCCAUAAAAAAUGCAAACCUUAAUUCUUUCAGACAGCCAAAAACACCUCAUCAUGCACAAAAUCUUCACUCUGUUACAAGAACUUCAUUUAAAAAUGGCUUUUUACAGGUUCAGAAAAAUGAAUCUUAUCCAGAGAUGAUGUUUACUGAAUUUCAUGCUGUGUUUUUAUGUUUGUUUGUAUACCUACAUUAGUUAAUGCCUGCAGAGCUCUUCAACACUUAGUGUUGUGUUUUAAGAAGUUUUUACACACAGAAUCAUAAAUGGUACCACUAACAGCAUAAACUAGGAACAUACAUUUUUACAAUUUUUUCAGUGAUAUGCUGAAUAAAUAGUAAAGCGAUGAUGCUAGCUCAGAGUAAAAUCGUAUAUUAAAUCUCAGCAUUAGCUUUAGAACUAAUAAUAAACAAAAGUGAGGAUUUUAUCAUUCUGGGACAUUUUUAGGUUUAAAAAUUGAAUAUGCUUUGCCAUAAGUAGGAAAUGAUCAUUUGGUCAACUUAUGUCAUUUACAGCCUUAACACAUUCUCAAUUGUUUACAUAUAAAAACUUUCUUUAUUUUUUCCUCCACUCCACGUUUGUAGUUUGUAGUUGGAGCGAGGGCACUGCCAGUGUUUGCUCCAGAUGUUAGAUUAGCAUUACUUAGUCUUUUAAAAUGUAGAUGUCGUAGUUUAAAGGAGUAGAGUAUUCUUAGGAGUAGAGAAUAUUCUUAGCUUGCAACAAAAGGCCAACAAAAUCCUUUUCAGA